ACCCGGAAGUGAAGAGCAACAGUUGUCAAACUUGUCUCACAACUUCUUACAGAAAAGACAGUCUCAAGAAGUCUGUAAAACCACGCCAUGGAGAUCUCAAGCAGUUUCCCGUUUCUUGUCAUUUUCUGUUGCGCAUUUCUCCCCUCUUUGAAGAGUGAAUCCGAGCUUUUGAGGGGCCACGGGGAGGAGUUGGGAAGGCAUCGGGACCCGGAGGGCCACAUCCCCGUCCUGCACGACAUGCCUUCCCCGCUGGAGUUUUGGGAGAAAUAUGCCAGUCGAAGGAAGCCCGUCCUAUUCAAAGGUGUGGCCAAAAACUUCCCAGCAUUUUCCCUCUGGACAGACGAGUAUCUGCUCGAGAACUACGGAGAACUCAAGGUCAAGUUAGAGGCCAAAGCCGAGAAGGACAAGUAUCCCGUUGGGGAGAAGGGUCUCGCCCAAGACACCAUCAGAAACUUUCUUAAGACAUACAAGAACCAGGAUAAGUACAUCGUGUCACAGCUACCCGACCCGAUGUCUAAGGAGGUGCUUGUGUUACCGUGCGUUCGCUGUGGGUCCUUUAAGAACAGGGUUCUGGAGGCAAACCUGUGGCUGAGCUCGGGGGGAACAAAGAGCCUCCUGCACAAGGACGCAGACAACGCCUUCAACUGUCUCCUCAACGGAACAAAGGACUGGAUUCUCAUCGAUCCAGAACAUGAGGUCAACGUCCCGAUAGCGGAGGAAGCUUCUGGAGAGUACGGAGGGUUUUCGCUGAUUAACGUGGACCACGUGAACCUGCAGCGGUACCCGGACUUCGCAAAGGUCCCCUGGUGGUACGCCAACAUAACUGCAGGAGACUGCCUGUGGCUGCCAUACAGCUACCUGCACCAGGUGAGGUCGUACGGCACUAAGAACAUGGCCGUGUCGGUCCUGUUCUCUCGGCUGAAGGAGUUUGACUCUACCGGCUGUGACACAGUCGAGCCUGAGUACACCCCUCUCAGCCAGGCUGACAUGGUAUGGACCUAUGAUGGCGUCGCCUCGCAGACCAUGGGAAACACAGAUCCUUUUGAGCUCAAUGAAACCCUAGUGCACGCGUGUGAACAGUCAGGGAAUGGAAAACUUGAUGCCGCUACGUAUUUGGAGCUACUCAUAGAGAUGCGGACAAUGGAGAGUGAAGAAGAUGAAGACAUUGAUUUUCCUGAUGUAGACAUUCUGGAGGAGAUUUCACACCAGGUGAUGAUGAUACUGGACCCCACCGGAGCGGGAUCGGUGACCUGUGACCGGCUGAGACAGCUGACCGUGGCGGAGCUGAAGGCCGUGGCAGGGGUCACGUCCUCUGACCCCGCCAACACCGAGCAGUACGAGUACAAACACUUCUCACCCAAGGACGUCAGAGCUGUGAUCAUGUCAGCUUAUGACAAAGACGCUGAUCGACUCGACCUGUCAGCUUUUAUUCAGAAGUACCAGGACAGUCUCCAGGGUUCUGAGAAAAUAGCUAAAGAGGUGUUUGAAGUGUUGGACCCUGAUAACAAAGGGUACGCUAACAAAGCAGACCUGGCAGCAGGUAUGGACCAAGUCAUGGUCAUGUUCACACCAAGGCAGAUGGACGAUCCAGCAGGCAUCCAAUGGGAACAAGCACAGGAGGAGGAUGAAAUGUUCCACAUUGAAUCAGAAACCCCCAAGCAGACCCACAGGGAAAACAACAAACAAACAAGUCAUGAUCAUGGAGAAUUGUAGAACAACUCUGAUGAUGUCAGCAAUGAUCACAUUCCUGAGCAGUGUAUACUGUAAAUUCCUUUAUUUUUGAGGGGACUUUAUAUUAGGGUAUGAUAGGGGAUAGGAUCUAGGAGCUUUCAAGUACUCUCCAAGCAGAGGUUUUGGUUUGGGGUUAUUUUUAGCGUGUUUUUAGGC